UAUUAUUUUUCCUAGCUCGUGUCAAACAGAGUUCUAAAUCUAAGCUUCAAAGAAAGAAAAAAGUGGAAGAAAAGAAGGGGGAAAGUCGUGAAAAAAUGGAGGGAAAGAGGUAUUUCGUGGCGGUUCACGUCGGCGCCGGUUACCACUCUCCGUCGAACGACAAAGCCCUCAGGUCCGCCAUGAACCGCGCUUGCCUCGCCGCCGCGUCCGUUCUCUCUAACGGUUCGGGAACGCGCUUAGACGCCGUCGUAGCCGCCAUCCAAGUGCUGGAGGACGAUCCCUGCACAAACGCCGGCAGAGGCUCCAAUCUGACCGAAGACGGUGGCGUGGAGUGCGAUGCCAGUGUUAUAGACGGAAAAUCUGGUGCUUUUGGCGCUGUUGGAGCAGUUGCGGGUGUCCGAAAUGCUAUACAAAUUGCUGCUUUAUUGGCCAAAGAGCAAAUGAUGGGAUCUCCAUUGUUGGGUCGAAUUCCUCCAAUCUUCUUGGUGGGUGAAGGGGCUUGCAAAUGGGCCAAGUCUAAGGACAUUGCAUUGCCACCAAGUAUAGAGGAGGCCAAUGAGUGGCUGGUCACAGAAAGGGCAAAAGCACAAUGGAUAAAAUACAAAUCCAUGGUUGAAUCUGCUAGAUCUAAGACAGAGAACACUCCUGAGGGCGAUUCUUCUGUCUAUCAAAAUGCCACAGUACCAGAUUGUGCUUUGGAAGAUCGCGUAAUGGACACUGUUGGGGUUAUUUGUAUAGAUAAUGAGGGGCAUGUAGCAUCAGGAGCCUCCAGUGGUGGUAUUGCUUUAAAGGUUAGUGGACGCAUUGGGUUGGCAGCAAUGUAUGGUUCAGGUUGUUGGGCAUCAUCAAAAGGUCCCUUUGGGGCUCCAUUCAUGGCUGGUUGUUGCGUAUCGGGGGCAGGAGAACACCUAAUGAAAGGAUUUGCGGCUAGGGAGUGCUGCGUUUCAUUGUCACUCUCGCAGUCUGGUGCUGCCUCUGCUUGCACGAAAAUUCUACGCUCUGUUGUUGAGGAUGGCAGGCAAUGUGGUACUGAUAGCAGUGCAGGGAUCUUGGUUGUGCAGUCAGAUGCAUCUUUGACAGAUCAAGGAAAAUCAUCAAGGCUGAAAGCUGUAGAGAUUGCUGCUGCAUACACUUCCUUGUCUUUUGGAGUAGGGUAUUUUGGAAGCUCUAUGGAACGGCCCAAGGUUUCAAUUCUUAGGAGUACAAAACAACAAAGCAAGACAGCAAUAGAUCAAUUUGGAGCACGAAUAGAUCUUUCAAAUGGAUAGUUGGGUAUGCCCAUGGAUCAAAUUUCAUCAGUGCUGAAGUGUUGAAAUUCAUAUUCAGACUAAUUGAUUUUCCCUUGCAUUGUGAUCUUUCAAUAUUGUGCGGUACAUUGGUGGACUGAGAAUAUGUAAUUUCACCCGUGCAAAGCAAGUCUAUAUUCAAUUUACAAUUAGCAUACUUUAGGCUGAGACAUUUUGGUUUGAUAGAUAUAAGUCUAUAUUCGAUUUACAAUUAGCAUACUUUAGGCUGAGACAUUUUGGUUGGAUAGAUAUAAGGUUCAUUUUGGAUUGUUAAGAAAUUCUAUGGACUGUAGAAUGUAAUUAGUGGGUACGUGGGUGAAGAAAAGUUGCAGGAAACAGUAUGUGUUGGAAUGGUUGUUUGUGUUAUUGAAUUUUAGCCAAUAUUUGUACUAAGAUGUGAACAGCAUGGCGUGAAAUGAGUAGUAACAUGUUAUGGUAUUUUGUUCCUGCAUU